CAGGAAUUAUUUGUCUUAACAAAAUUUAGUGUGAUGAUAACUGACUGUGAUGCAGUAGGAUUAACAAAGAUUGCAGAGAAUGUGAUAAGUAACAGAACUUUCCCCGAAGACAUGUGACUGACGAUGACUGUGCUGAAUUUGCUUCCUCUUUCUCCCAAACGACGUUUUAUACCAUCAAAUACUGACAAAAAAAAAGUAACUAUGUUUGGACUCUUUUUUUUCAUUCUAUUCACCCCUGGAGUCAGUGAAUUCAUUUGUACAUCAUCAGACCUUGAUAUGUCGUAUACUUUUUGUGAUUCUACAGCUUAUGCUUUCACGUUUAAUCUGACACCUUGCAGCACGAUGAACAGAUAUGUCUGGAAGGCUGCUCUUACCUGGAUUCCAAGAAGUGACAUCCACUUUUUGAAGGUUGUCUUCAAAGUCUGGUAUGAUGGGGCCAAAUCACUCACCUGGAAAGAACUCGUCUGCAGCGGAGCUGACGAUAAAUACUCAGUGUGCGGAACGCUGAAAGGAGAAACACUUGUAUCAUCAUUUGACAUUAAAGGCUCAAGAAUAAAUUUUCCAAAGGGCAAUUACAGUAUUGUUGUGCAAGGAUUCUCUGAUUAUUCUGAGAAUAAUAUGCUCAUAUGCUUGAAUUUCACCAUGAUAGUAAAACAAGACACUUACUGAGUGCAACAAACUUCUCAAAUAAUUCCAGAACAUGGAGGUCACUUCUGUGAGCAAUUUGAAUCCAAGCUAUGAAGUAACAUGCACACUAAAUUUCCUGGGGCAGAAUACAUCAUGUGCUGUCUGGGAAGCUAUAUGAUGUAUAGUUUUACUCAUUUGUAGCACAGCCCUAAUCAGUUGCUCAGCCAAUGUGCACAAAAUCUCUGGGAAUCAGGCCUCCUGAUUAAUUCACAGAAUUACCUCGACUGGAUGUCAGGCUGGUCCUGCACUUUGGUGCUGUGUGCUGUGCCUUGAGUUACAAUAAAGUUGACUCCUUCAGGCUGAGCAAAAGUAAUCAAGAAGUUUUGAAGUGCAAGAAUCAGAAGUUCAUCAGUAUUCAAUUUAAAAUGACACAGCAAUCAAAUUUGGGAACCCUGCUGUGAGGGGGUGG